UCGGAGCCCCGCCGCGGGCCUCGGUUCUAACGACCCGGCGGGUCGGUGAGAGCGGAAGGGAGGAGGGAGAGAAAGGAGGAGCCCGCCUCGGUCACUGGCCUCCCUCCCAGCCCCACACGGUCCAGCCCCAUGGUCCCCGCCGCCGGCGCGCUGCUCUGGGCCCUGCUGCUGAGCCUGGGCACCGGGGCGGUGGCGGGGGCCCAAGGCCUGGCUUCAACGGGGAAGCAGCCGACCAGGUUCCGCUCCAGGGGCCCGAUGACCCGCCACUACCGGCCCACCUCCCGGACCGGUGUUCCCCCGAAGAGAAGGGUAAUAAUGGAGGAUGAGGAUGACGUGGCGGCCACUGCCGACCGCCUGGCGGGCCCCGCCGUUGACGAGCUCUUGGCUUCUACGGUGUUCACGGACAUGAACAAGUUGCGUUCCUGGGAGCAAGACCAGGAUGGGUCUUUGGAGGAGGGGGUGGUGAUUAACGCCCAAAAGAAUAACAGCGAGUCAGGGAUUGACAGCACGCCUUCCAGCACCACGAGGAGGUUCACCUCCAGGUUUGCAGCGAAUAUCCAGGAGCCGGAAUACAGGCUGACCACGAGCCUGCCGCCCGGCAGCUGGAGGUCUACCGAGCACCAGCCGCUGUACGACACCAGCCUGACCCGCUGGCCAACAGCAGGCUCCAGCCCCAGGCGCUGGUCUCGCAUCUCACCCUCAUCCAUGCCACCUCCCGAGGACCUGCGGCUGGUGCUGAUGCCCUGGGGCCCGUGGCACUGCCACUGCAAGUCGGGCACCAUGAGCAGGACCCGGGCCGGGAGGCUGCAGGGCCUUUCUGGGCGCCUUCGAGUUGGGGCACUGAGCCAACUCCGCACAGAGCACCGGCCUUGCACCUACCAGCAAUGUCGCUGUGAUCGGCGUCUUGAGGAGUGCCCCCUGGACACGGCCCUCUGGUCUGAAACUCAGACCACCACCACCACCACCACCACCACUACCACCCCUAUGCCCAUCCCCAGGCUCAUCCCCAGUCCCAGCCCCAGUCCAGCGCUUAUGUUUUGGAAGCAGGUCAGGGCUGGGCUGGAGGAUAUUUGGAACAGCCUCUCUUCAGUGUUCACCAAGAUGCAACCGACAGAAACCGGAGGUAAUGGCCACUUGAUCUGCAAGAAGAGGUGUCAGCAUCUCAACCUCUCCUCCCCUUUCAAUCCCAGCACCCACUGGGUAUUUUUAGUACAGAAAAACAAAACUAGAAAAAAAAAUUGUUUGGUCUUGUGUCUUUUUACAGAGGUAUCUGAGGGAGGAGAGACCAAAAAUUUUGUGAAACUGAACUGGGUAGCUAGCAGCAUCUGGCUUGGGCUUCUCCUGUCCCCCAGGAUAAAAUGGUUGUUGUCCAUCUUCCUUAUUUCGAGUUGUUUUUUUAAACAAGUCCUUCUUUUGAAAAAAAUCUCAGCAGGAGUUGAGCCCUUAGAUGAUGGUGGUCUUGCCUUCACAAUACUUAGCCUUCUCCUCAGAAAGGACAAUGGUACAAAAUCCCACACCAACCACUUUCGAGGAGUUACCCUUCAUCAGCCGUAUCUAUCGUUUAAUCCAAUAUGCACCUGUAGUGAUUACUCUGUGACUAUUUUGCUUCAACUUUUUAUUUGAAAAGUAUAUUUAGAAGUC